ACAAUUUGCAAAUAGUACUACUAACAUACUAUAAAGCUUUACUUUCCCACGUAAAAACAUUCUCUGAAAAAUCACGGCGUUGUAGUCUUGGUGCUUUUUAGUGUCUAAAUAUUAAUUUAGUUUGAGUGUAUAACAAUUAGUGUGAAAAGGUGGUAAUUGUGCAUAAAGUGUGGAAACUGAAAAUUUUGAAAAUGGAUCUUGGAUUUUUAUCAGAUGAGCGUGUGAAACCAUUUAAUUUAUGAUUGCCAAGAAAACAUGAUUACGAGAAAAUGCAGGCAAAAAUGUCGGUGAACAUUAACUGGACGUCUCCAAAAAUAGCUUUGGCAGCUUUGUUUGUGACCACCGUUUGCCUAUUGGAUAUACAGGCCGCCUGGGCAAAGAAGCUAAAUGCGAGCCAAGCUUUUGACAACACGUGGAACACUGCAUCCGAUUUGGAAAAUGAAUUGGAACAACAAAAGCGAUCAAAGGGGCAGAGUGCAAUAGGAGCAAUAGGUGCAAGCGGUGCACCUGGCCAGUGGUCGUCCUGGUCAGACUGGUCAACCUGUUCGCGCACCUGCGACGGAGGCAUCAUGCAUCAAAUGCGUAGGUGCGGCAGUCCUGGCAGUUGCCGCGGGGAGAGCACUCGCUACCGCAUUUGCAACAUGCAGCCUUGUCCGGAGCAGCAGGACUUCCGCUCCAGCCAAUGCACCGCAUACAACGAUGUUCCCUACGACGGCACUUUGUACAAGUGGACUCCGCAUUAUGAUUACGUCGAGCCUUGUGCGCUUACAUGCAGAGGACAUCCGGCGCAUCUCAUCGAAGACAUUUCGCGGGAGAAUGGAGGCGGGAAUGCCGAGGAGGCGGAACACUACGACGAGCAGAGCGUCAUUGUGCAAUUGUCGGCGAGGGUGCAAGAUGGGACCCGUUGUCGUUCCGGCAGCUUGGAUAUGUGUAUCCAAGGAAAGUGUCAGCGUGUUGGCUGCGACUUAAAAAUCGGAUCUACAAAAAAAAUAGACGGCUGCGGAGUGUGCGGCGGCGAUGGAAACUCCUGCUCCCAACCGCUCUUCAACUGGGAGAUGGCACCGAUGUCGCAGUGCUCUGUCACCUGCGGUAGUGGUUACAAAAUGUCCCGUCCUUUAUGCAGGAAUCGUCUAACCAACGCCGAUGUCGAUGAUACGCUCUGCAGUCUUACUAAUCGCCCGGAGGCGUCGGUGGAGCAAUGUAAUACACACAGUUGUCCUCCUCGGUGGAUAGCAGACGAUUGGAGCACUUGCAGCCGCCUCUGUGGUCACGGCUACCGUGAGAGGAUGGUGGUCUGUGCCGAGGAGUCGAACGCCAUCAAGACGAGGGUGGCCGAUAUCAUGUGCCGUACACCCAAGCCACCAACACAAGAGACCUGCAUUAUCGAGGAGUGCCCGCACUGGGAGGUCGAGGACUGGACCGGAUGCUCGGUUUCCUGCGGACAGGGUAUACAAAUGCGAGGCGUUGAGUGCAAAUCGACAGACGGCAGCCUGAGUGCCAAGUGUGAUCCACUUACAAAGCCGGGCAGCAUGCAGCAGUGCUCCACCGGAAUUCAUUGCGGCGGAUCGGAAAACCAAGUAGGUGGCACCAUCAUUGUGGGUAGCAGUCGCUUGACAAACGAACGAUCGGAGCGACAGUUGGACAGCUCGGAAGUUGAUGACGACAACAAGGACGAUGAUGACGAGGGCGAUGAAAUCGAGGACCUGGAAUCGGGACAGGAUACGGAUGAUGGUGAAGGCUUGUCCUACGCUGACCAACCAUUGCGAUACGCUCAUCGCACACAGAGUCGACUGAAUCAGGAAGCCCCUGAUGAGCCGCGCACCAUGCAUCUAAUGAACGGAAACUCAAACAAUAAUUUCAAUCGGGGAGGCGACGAAUCCGAGGGACCCUCAUUAGAUCCCACCUACAUCAAGGAUAAUGAGUGGUCCCCAUGUAGCGUUACCUGUGGGGAAGGAAUCCGCCGGCGCACCUACAACUGCAAGAUUUUCCUCGAGUACUCUAGAACGGUGGCCACCGUUAAUGAUUCGUUGUGCGAGGGAAAAAAACCACAUGACGAAGUAGAGCGAUGUGUGGAAGAUCCGUGCAUACUGCCCUCCCACGGCUUCGACGACCAGUUCCCCCGUGAUUCCAUUAAAGUGGGUGUGUCGGAGCCGGGUAAAACAUACGUCUGGCGGGAACAGGGAUACACUUCCUGCAGUGCCUCCUGCCUCGGAGGUGUCGAGGAGCUGAUCAUCAACUGCGUUAGGGAAGAUAAUGGUAGGGUGGUGUCGCCCUUCCUCUGUUCCCCGGAAACCAAGCCGGAGGCCAGGGUUCGCACAUGCAACGACCGUCCCUGCCCUCCCAGAUGGAACUACUCAGACUACACGCCCUGCUCCAAGAGCUGUGGCAUUGGCAUCAAGACCCGCGAGGUGCAGUGCAUCCACGAGGUUACGCGUGGAGGGGACAACACAAUGGUGGUGCCGAACAGUAUGUGCCCACAGCCACCACCAGCAGAUCGGCAGUACUGCAACGUUCUCGAUUGCCCCGUACGUUGGGAAGUAGGUGAGUGGAGCAAAUGCUCUCAUACCUGUGGCUAUGGGUUUAAGGAUCGGAAGGUCGAGUGCAAACAGAUAAUGGCACAGGAGCACAAGAUCGAACGACCCGAAUCGAUGUGCCCGAGUGCUAAGCCGGCGGACAAAAAGCCCUGCAAUGUGAAACCCUGCCCGCCGGAAGAUCCAAAGCCAGUCAUCCAGAUCAACAACUCAACACACAUUCAGCAUGACCCCAAGAAGACCAAGAUCACCCUUAAAGUGGGCGGCGCUGGCGUUGUUUUCUUCGGCACUCAGGUGAAGAUCAAGUGUCCCGUAAAGCGGUACAAUCGCACCAAGAUCAAGUGGAGCAAGGAUCACAAGCCGCUGCAGCGUUCACGAAAGUACAAAGUGUCGAAGAAGGGCGCCCUACGAAUACUUGAUAUUACGUUCCGUGAUGCCGGAGUCUACUCCUGCCACGCCGGUCUCAGUUCCGCGGAAAUAAGCAUCGAGGUGAAGGCCAAGCCAGGACAGCAGGUUGAGGAGCUCGAGCAGCAGGAAACUGAACGAUUGGUGCGUGAGAAAAGUGGCACAGAGGCUCUCACCUCGGCGGAUAUGAAGAAAUCUGGUGGAACAGGGACUUCCGCUGCUGUCGGAACUAUCAGCUACGUUAAUGGGACGACGCAACAGCAUGGCUCACGCCGCAGGCAGCAGCAGUCGGAGCGAUUACAGAACGGGAGGGAACGGAACCGGAGACCCAAGUCGGAUGGAGUUCAGCAUGCGGAUAGCAGCAUCAUGGAAGACGAUCUCUCGCAAUUAGUGCAAUCCGAGGACAGAAUACCACAGCCGGCAAGCGCCAGUAGCGGCGGUAGUCGCACCAGGACUCUGCUGGCUAUGCCAUAUUUCCAGGCUCUGCUAAGCAAUCUCCAGUUGCUAUGGCCGCUGCAGCGCUUCAAGGACUCUCGAGGCCAGCACUUGCUCCAAGGCGAGGCGCUUAAGUACGGCAUCGAUUUAAAAGGCAACGACUUUGACCAGGAGGAGCUGGAACGCGUGCCGGCCAAGCAGUUACCCAAAGAAGCAGUACCAGUUCAAACGCAUUCGCCCUUGGACCCGGAGUACAAUGCGCAGUCGAAGUCCGAUGGGGAAGCGAAAGACAUCCCGCUACACAUGCCGCACGCUCGAUGGGAAACAGCAGCUGCAGCUUCGACUACGAUGGUGCCAGGCAUGGCGAGCGGCGGCUUCGUCUACAGAUGGAUGCUGGGCCAGUGGUCCAAGUGUUCACAGGAGUGUGGAGCGGCCGGCAGUGGCCUGCAGCGGCGUACGGUGAGCUGCCACAGAGUAGCAACGGCCACGGACUCCGGCAGUACUGGCGACACCGAGAGCAAUGUCGUAGAUAAUUCAGAAUGCUCCGCGCACGGCCUGGAGCUGCCAGAUUUGUUCCAGAGCUGCGGCAACGAGGCCUGCCCGCAGUGGAGUACGGCCGACUGGACGCCCUGCCAGCGAUCCCACUGCCACGGAAGGAAUACGGCCAUGCAGCGCCGCCAAGUGACGUGCCGCUACGCCAACGGCACGGCGGGAGGCGUCUGCGACGAGUUUGAGCGACCGGCGACGCGGCAGGAAUGCUACAAUGAGCGGUGCAAGGGCGUGUGGCGCGUGGAGUCUUGGUCCGAGUGCAAUGCGCCGUGCGGUCGUCAGGGCAUCAAGUACCGCAUCCUGCAGUGCGUCUGGUACGGAAGUCGCCGGCCAGCCGGCAAUGUGUGCAAGCACCAGCCACGCCCGGCGGUGAUGAAGGUCUGCAAAAGUCCGGCCUGCCAGGCGCAGUUGACGUCCUCCCAGUACUGUCGGGACUCCUCAAACUACUGCCGUAAUGCCAGCGCCAUGGGUCUGUGUCGACUCCAUCGCUACAAGCAGAAGUGCUGCGGAUCCUGCCAGCAGCAACAUAAUCAACAUCUUAUUCUAUAACUCCACUGCGGCUUACCAAAAUAACAAGAACGUUUAAGGAACUCAGCAAGCAAUUACCCUAGGUACCGAAAUAAAACGUCUAUAGCAAUAUACUAAGUAUAACUUAUCCACGAGUAUGCAUCGUCAGCAACAUCCGCACUUACAUGAAUUUACCUUAAUAUAUGUAGUGUCAAAGGCCAUUUAUGAACAAGAACGUAUUAUUUAUAAAACAUCCAAUGCGGAAACGUGACUUGACACUUGUGUCUGAAGUAAGCUAAACAUUGUAAGAUCUGUUUUAGAUAUGUUCCCUAAGGGCCAUUAUUUUAGCAGCAUGUGACAAAACAAUUAAACAAAAUCAAUUUAAACAACCACCCAAUUCGUAAGUGUAUGAAUAUUAAGCAAUCGUGAGAAACAAUUCAUUCGCGAAAAAUAUUCGUAACAAGGAUAAUUAUUAGUUUAGGGUAACCGAGCUAUUAUUAGCUAGCUAAAGAAUGCAUCCGUUUUGCAUUAUGUAUGAUUCGAUUACUUGCUGACUUAAAUGGCCCACAAAAUAUAUUCGACCAGCAGCCAUCUUAAAUUGAACAGCUGAAAUAAUUCGAUAAACUUAAUAAAAAAGAAGUCCGCACUAUUACCUGGUGCAAACGAAACCCGAAUAUUAUUGUGUACAUAUAGAUAAGAGCUAAGGGCCUCUAUUGUCGGUUUAUAGCACUGGAAUUACUUUCGAUUUGCAUUUAUCAAUUAACCACUAAGAAUGUUGUAAAUAAAUCGGGUUUAUCACUAAAUCCACAUUUUAUUUAAUGGCCAGCCUUGUAAUUUAAUGAAAGUCUAACUAUUUGAAAUAAAUAUAUACGCCUAAUUGUAAUUAGUUUUAUAUGAAUCAUUGUUUUUAUGUAUACCAAAUUAAAUUGAAACACUAGAUUAACUCUAAAUAACACUGCAACAUGUAAGCUGCUAAGUAUAGACGAAUAUAUCGCAAUUGUUAAAGCGUAACUAAAUAUAUAUACUGUUAAGUGAAAGUUAUAUUAAUAAGCCAAAGAGUAAAUGCAUCAGUAACCAAUAUCAAACGCCUACAGACGCAAGCAAAAAUAAACACAAUCGCAGCCCGAAUUAAAUCGCAUAACACAGCAAGGAUAUAACAAAAAUGCGAUGUAUUGUACAAAAAUCGGAACAAAUUUGGAAUAAAUAUUAAAUACUAAUAAAC